AUGAUUCAUGGAGAGAAGCCACUAGAGGAUCCUACUAUAGAGGCUUUCAAUGAGACUUUGAAUGUUGCUUGUGCAACCAAUAUGGUGACAUUAGAUAAUCUAGAACAUGAUGAGGAAUAUGGUAAUCCAAGUCAAUUUCAACAAUUGGGUGUAAUUCUAAAAAGUGUGACAGAGAUCAAGCUAGGAAAAGCUACGAUUGAGGGUGAAACUUUUAACAUGAAAGUUGAGUCUGAUUCAAAGAAGAGAGGCAUAAAAGAAGUUCAAAUGCUAGUCAAGAAGGCUAAAAAGAACAAGAAGAAAAAGAAGAUACCUCUCAUUCAGAUUCCAAUGUCAUAUUCAGAAUUGUUACCAUUUCUCUUUGAAAGUGGCCUUCUAACACAUAUUCCUCCAAAGUCUAAUACUUACUGGCGUCCAGAUUGGAAAGCUCAAAUAGCUGCUCUGGGAAAUUUAGUGUUUGAUCCCAGAAAAUUUAUUUUUCAGGAUCGAAUGAGUGACUGUCGAAGUUUUGGCAGCAAUUUUCGUCCAUCCAGUCAAUCUAGAAAGAUUUCAAUUGGAGUUUUGGUAGACUCUUUAGCUAAGAGAAAACCUGGAGGGAACAAGGAAGAUCAGGAUAAACAGGCAAAUGCAGAAAGAAUCAAACCUAGCUUUGGAGUUUCCACAGGGGGAAAAGACAAAGGGGAUGCUGUCAGAACUUCCAAGGGGAAUCAAACUGAAGAUAAUGAGCAGGUUAAAUCUCCAUGGAUUACUUUUAGAUCCUUGCAUAGAGAAACUCUUUCUCCAGAGACUGCCUCUUUACAAAAAGAAGCUUCCAACCCCAGAGAGAAGAAACUGAAUACAGUGAAGGAUGUUCCAGAAAUAAGUUCAUUUUCGUUUUCCCAAAACCAAAACAUUAAUGCACAUAAUGUUGGUAGCGAGCAGAAAAAGUUUGAUGGCAUCAUUAGUGGCCAAGCCUACAAAAGGAAAGGCAGGAAGGAUGACAACUCACAGAGGGUGGAGGAGUUCAAUUGUGCAAAUAAAUGGAAAGAUAAAGUGGAGUUAGAGCACAAGGCAGAUAAAACUGAAAACAUACAAACUGAAACUUUAAAAAAGAAGUUGCAUGAGUUGUUCGCGACUGUUUCUUCACCAAAAAGUCAGCAAUCUAGUUUACAGUCUCAUAAGGUCGGUUCCAAUAAUUCAAAACAAAAGAGAAGUGCUGAUCAUGGGGGAGACACAGCUGUAAAGCACAGACAAAAUUCAGUUGAUGUAGAAAUUGUUUCAGACAAUCCUGAUAAAACUGUUAAGAGGCCCGCAACCCAUUCCUUGAUCCAAAAGCGAGCUCCAGCAAAAGUGCAGCUUGCUAACUCUAAAAUCAACUUAUCCUCCAAGCAGAAACACGGAGAUAACAUCUUCUCUUUUGGAGAAGGAAGAUCUGCAAAGCUAGAUGGUGCUGUCAAUAAUGGCUCAUUAUUGCCCAGGCAAAAGAAAAAUGAGAAGAAAAGUUCUAAAAUAGAUCCACAUCAGAUCAGUUCCCCUGAGGAGGAGACUGCAGAUGAGAUUGAAAGCCUUCCUGACUCUUCUAGUGAGAAAGGAGGAGAAAACUUAGAGAAGGUUCAAGAAAAGGAGUCUUUUCAUUCUCCAAUGCCAAACGAGACAAAUGAGCGGGUGAAUUUUGACAAUCCAACAUCACCAGGAAAAUGGGAUAAACAAGAAGAUGAUGGUAAUAUAUCCUUGAGGAAUUUUGCGCAUGCACAAGAUGAUUUCCAAAGCCCAACUUUCAGGUUCAAUACUCCUAUUUUAAAUACUUCUUCAAGCCCAACACCAAAAACGGUAGAGAUAGAGCGAGGUACUUGUAGUCCUGUACCCUUUGAGAGAGGAUUUUCCAUAAGAAAUAUUGGGAGCUUCAGGAGUUUCCAAACUUCAGGACCUGCUAGUACUAAAUCCAGUGCAGAAGCUCAGUCAUCUGAUGAUACAGAGAAGCAUACUGCUUCUUCACUCAGGAACCGAAUGCCUGGUAAGGAAACAAUUGAUGCAGUAAAUGAGCAUUCUGAACCGUCAUCAUCAGCAUCAGAAGAGCAGUUCUCUGAAACCUUCAAAGAUGGAUCACCCAUUAUUAAUAGAUAUGAUCGUCACAGAGAAAAUCUGAUCUCGCCAGAGACUGUUAUUUCUGAGAAACCAAAUUUUGAACAUUGCCCAAUCAAGCGGUUACGAAAGGAAGAUGUCAAACUUAGUGAAUUCAUUCCCACAUUACCCUCCCAAAAAGAAGGGGCAGGCACUGGAGAAAGUUAUUGGUUCCAGGAAUCCUUGGAAGAGAACCAAGAAGAUGAAUUGACAAGGGCUAUUACAUUGCUUGCUUUGGCUUUAGAAUCAUUUAAACGCAAAAUGGACUCAGCUACUAGAAAGAAGUCCUCUGAGAUUUUGAUGUCCAUUUCUGAGGAGAUGAAGUCAAUAUUGCUGAAGGCCGAGUCUCAGAUAGAAUCUGAUGUGGGGAAGAUGACUAGUCUCGGUAAAACAAAAAGGAAACGUCUGGAAACAAGAUUGCAAGAGCAACAAGAACAAUUGAAGCUGAUACUUGAAAAGUUCAAGGAGGACAUCCAUCAUCAUCUCUUGGAUUGCAAUAGUAUCCUUGAAGGGAUGGAAUCUCACCAAAAUGAACUAAAGGGAAUCAUGAAGAAACAAAAAGUGUCGCACCAGAAGCUUCUCAUGCAUGUGGAAGAAACAGCUAAAAUCCAACUUAAUAAUGCUGAAAGAAGAAUCACAGCUGUCCAUGAGUCGGCGAGGGAAAAGAUGCUGCAGCUGAAACAUGUAAUUGCUGAGUGCUUGACUGGUAUAUACUGAACUGAUAGAGGCCUGAAGAUGGACUUGACAUUCCUAAGAAGUAAGAGCUAAGAAGAUUUGACUUAGAAAAUUUUGCAUGUCCAAAUAUCUUCGUGACACCUUAUUCUACUUAGCUCUCGAUUAUUUACUUUCGUCCAAUAGAACCUUAUCUGUAAUAGUGAAUAUCAACUUUUGGUUUGAGUGGCCUGUACUUUCCGGUCUUCAUGUGCAUGGUUCUCGAGUAGUGUUAUAGAUUUUAGUCUUAUAGAUAUCAAAAUGUAAAGAAUCUCUUUGAUUGCAGAUAACUAGAUUUAUGGCCCGCAAUGAUAAGACUUUUUAAGAUGAUCUUUGGAUGCAGAAAGCAUUCUGGAGAUUCUGAUUAAGAUACGUCAUGUCUGUGUGGUAAUACUUUGUUGG